CACCAUAAACUAGACCGAAAUCUAGCUGCGUAUGUACCAAUCUGCCAUGGAAACCCAAGAAGCACCGCUCCACGUAGCCAUGGUGGCCGCUCCGGGCAUUGGUCAUGUGAUCCCACUCACUGAGUUAGCAAAGCGACUUGUUCACCACAACUUUGCUGUAACCUUCUUUGUCCCCAAUGAUGGCACGCCCAUGAAACUUCAGAAGCAACUUCUUCAAUCCCUCCCUAAGUCCAUUUCCUCUGUGUUUCUCCCUCCACUUAAAUUUGACGAGGAUGUCCCCGCCGAGGUGAGGAUCACACUCAGCCUCACUCUCUCAAUCCCAGCUCUUAGAGACUCGUUUAAGGCCUCGACCAAGUCAACUCAAGUGGUGGCCAUGGUGGUCGAUUCAUUUGGCAUGGAUGCAUUUGAUGUGGCUAGAGAGUUCGGCGUUGAGCCUUAUGUUCUCUUCACCACGAACGCCAUGGCGUUAUCUUUUGUUUUUCAUUUACCUAAGCUCGAUCAAAUGUUUUCGGAUCCUGCAUCGAAUCUGCCACCGGUUUACCCUGUUGGACCAAUGGUACAAACCGCUUCAGCACACCUGGUUGAUUGGUCUAAUAAUUGUUUGAAGUGGCUAAAUGAACAACCUAGUGGGUCGGUUCUGUAUGUUUGUUUUGGAAGCGGAGGGAUUCUUUCCCAAGAGCAGCUAAAUGAACUUGCGAUGGGUCUGGAAAGGAGCGGACAAAGGUUUUUAUGGGUUGUAAAAAGUCCAGAUGAUAAAGCCACAAACGCCACUUACUUCAGCUUAGAAAGUAUCAAGGACCCAUUUGACUUUUUGCCCACUGGGUUCCUGGAAAGGACCAAAGGGACGGGCCUUGUGGUUCCAUCUUGGGCCCCUCAGGUUCAGGUAUUGAGCCAUGGUUCGACUGGGGGGUUCGUGACUCACUGUGGUUGGAACUCAACCCUGGAAGGCAUCGUCCAUGGGGUGCCAUUGAUUGCCUGGCCGCUCUAUGCCGAGCAAAGGAUGAAUGCGGUACUCUUAGCUGAUGAUUUGAAGGUGGCGUUGAGGGUUAAGGUGAAUGAACAUGGCGUUGUGGGGCGAGAAGAUAUUUCGAAAUAUGCAAAGGCGCUGAUUGAGGGGGAAGAAGGGACAUUACUUCGAAACAGGAUGAGGAAAUUGAAGGAUGCUGCUAAAAUGGUUUUGAGCCCAGAUGGAUCGUCUGCAAAGUCAUUGGCUAAUGUGGUAGAAAUUUGGAAGAACCAGUGAAAAUGAUUUACCUAGAAGCUGGCGGUAAUAACUAAUAAUGGCGUUGUAAAUUUUCCAAGCUUUGUAAUUCUAUGUAAAACCUGUGAACAAUUUAAGUUUGUGAAAUAAGAGAUUUCAAUGAAGGAAAUAUAAGGGAAGGCUUUAC